GCUGAGGUCACCGGGCCAGGCGCCGGAAGUGAGCUUCGCUGCGCCGGAAGUUGCCGGCAAAGGCGACCUCGUGGAGAAGGCGGCAUGGGGCAGUCGGGGCGGUCCCGGCACCAGAAGCGCGCGCGCGCCCAAGCGCAGCUCCGCAACCUCGAGGCUUACGCCGCGCAGCCGCACUCGUUCGUGUUCACGCGGGGCCGCGCGGGGCGCAGCGUCCGGCAGCUCAGCCUGGACGUGCGGCGGGUCAUGGAGCCGCUCACCGCCACGCGCCUGCAGGUUCGCAAGAAGAACUCUCUGAAGGACUGUGUGGCCGUGGCAGGACCCCUGGGGGUCACUCAUUUCCUGAUCUUGAGCAGAACGGACAAUAGCAUCUACUUGAAGCUCAUGCGCCUCCCAGGGGGCCCCACAUUGACCUUCCAGAUCAACAAGUACACGCUGGUGCGCGACGUGGUCUCCUCGCUUCGGCGGCACCGCAUGCACAAUCAGCAGUUCACCCACCCGCCCCUGCUGGUGCUCAACAGCUUCGGCCCCCACGGCAUGCACGUGAAGCUCAUGGCCACCAUGUUCCAGAACCUGUUCCCCUCCAUCAACGUGCACAAGGUGAACCUGAACACCAUCAAGCGCUGCCUCCUCAUCAACUACAACCCCGACUCGCAGGAGCUGGACUUCCGCCAUUACAGCAUCAAGGUGGUCCCCGUGGGCGCGAGCCGGGGCAUGAAGAAGCUGCUGCAGGAGAAGUUCCCCAACAUGAGCCGCCUGCAGGACAUCAGCGAGCUGCUGGCCACGGGCGCCGGGCUGUCGGAGAGCGAGGCAGAGCCCGACGGCGAGCACAACAUCACGGAGCUGCCGCAGGCUGUGGCGGGGCGCGGCAAUAUGCGGGCGGAGCAGAGCGCUGUGCGGCUCACAGAGAUCGGUCCCCGGAUGACGCUGCGGCUCAUCAAGAUCCAGGAGGGCGUGGGCGAGGGCAACGUGCUGUUCCACAGUUUCGUGCACAAGACGGAGGAGGAGCUCCAGGCCAUCCUGGCGGCCAAGGAGGAGAGGCUGCGGCUCAAGGCGCAGAGGCAGGAGCAGCAGGCCCAGAACGUGCAGCGCAAGCGCGAGCAGCGCGCAGCCCACAAGAAGAAGAGCCUGGCGGGCAUGAAGAGGGCCCGGGCUGGGGCUGACGGGGACAGUGAUGCUGAGGACCCUGGGGCUCCCCCGGAGGCAGAGGGGCCGGACCAGCAGGAGGAGGAGGAGGAGGAGGCCGAGUACUUCCGCCAGGCCGUGGGCGAGGAGCCCGAUGAGGACAUGUUCCCCAGGGCCACCAAGCGGAGACGGCUCACCAGGCCCCCAGGCAGGAAGCAGCAGGCGAAGGAGCGGAGACCUGAGCGAGCCCGGGGUGGGGGUGCGGGCCGGAGGCCGCCCAAGCCCCAGGGGGGCCCUCACAGAGCCCCAGCCAAGCUGGGACCCAGAGGCGUCACCCGGGACCGAGGCCAAGGCCGGAGGAGGCCGCCCAGGAGAGGGGAAGCGGAAGUGCCAUCCCAGUGCACUCUGCAGGCUGAGGUUGCAGCUGCCUGCAGAGGAGGGGCCGGUCACACUGCUGGGAACCUGGCCGAGGCCCCAGGCGCUGCAGUUGGCACCUGGGAGGCUGAGUGUGUGAGUGGAAGCAUGGCAGCCGUGGUGUCGGGUGCCAGGCCCUGCAACUUUUCCACAGCUGCCUACCGCAAGCUCAGCCACUACCAGGAGAACUUCCUGUGGCCUGUCCUGGUGGCCGAGUUCCUGGUGGCCAUGGCCGGCAACGGGCUGGCCCUGCACCGCUUCCGCACCCGGGAGCCGCGGCCCUGGAACCCGGCGGUGGUCUUCUCGGCGCAGCUGGCGGUCAGCAACCUGCUCUACGCGCUGACGCUGCUGCCCAUGGCCGCUUACUUCCACCCGCCCAAGCACUGGCGCUACGGCGCGGCCGCCUGCCGCCUGGAGCGCUUCCUCUUCGCCUGCAACCUGCUGGGCGGCAUCAUCUUCCUCACCUGCAUCAGUCUCAACCGCUACCUGGGCGUCGUCCACCCCUUCUUCACGCGCGGCCACCUGCAGCCCAAGCACGCCUGGGCGGUCAGCGUCACUGGCUGGGCCCUGGCCGCCCUGCUGGCCGCCCCCACGCUCCGCUUCUCUGGCCUGAAGAUUCCGGACGCGGUAGGCGAGUGCAACGCGAGCAGGCUCGAGGCCUGCGUCGAGUGCCAGGGGAACGCGGACGGCCAGCAGCUCGGGGCCUACAGGGCCUACAGCCUGGCGCUGGCGGGGCUGGGCGGGGCGCUGCCGCUGCUGCUCACCCUGGUGGCCUACGGCGCCCUAGGCUGGGCCGUGCUGCGCAGCCCCAGCUUGCAGGCAGCCGAGAAGCUGCGCGUGGCGGUGCUGGUGGCCAGCGGGGUGGCCCUGUACGCCGUCUCCUACGUGCCCUACCACGUCACGCACGUGCUCAACGUGGACGCCCGGCGGCGCUGGCUGGCGCGCUGCCCCGACUUCCCCAGCGAGGCGCAGGCCGUGCGGGCGCUGGAGCUGGGGCCCUACCUGGGCUACCAGGCCACGCGCGGCUUGGUGCCGCUGGCCAUCUGCAUCCACCCGCUGCUCUACAUGGCCGUGGCGCCCAGCCUGGGCUGCUGCGCGGAGCGCCGGCGCCCGGAUCACAGGAGCCGCGGCCACCGGGGCCUGCCUCUCACCGCCAGCACUACCUCCCCGGCCGCAGCUCCCCAGUCCCCCGAGGUGAACCCGUGACCCGGCCCACCUCAAGCCCACUCCCUGCCGCAAGGUGCUGGGAUGUGACAAGGACCCAGAGUGUGACAGGC